GCCCAUUCAAGCCACGAUCUAGCUUUUCGGCUUUCGUCUUCUUUCCGGCGGUUUCUUCUCACCGCGAUUGAAUUUCCCGAUAAUCAAACAGCUUGCGGAGUGUUGCUGAUUGUCUUAAAAUGUUCAAAAAUACGUUUCAAUCCGGAUUCCUCUCUAUAUUAUAUAGCCUCGGGAGCAAACCGCUACAGAUAUGGGAUAAAGAAGUUUCUAAUGGCCACAUCAAACGCCCUCAGGAUGAAGACAUCCAAUCAAACGUUAUUGAAAUUGUUGGAUCAAAACUUCAGUCUACCUAUAUAACAUGCCCAGCGGACCCAGCGGCUACACUGGGUAUAAAAUUGCCAUUCUUGGUUAUAAUCGUGAAGAAUCUCAAGAAAUAUUUUACAUUUGAGAUUCAAGUUCUUGAUGAUAAGAAUGUCAGAAGACGCUUCCGGGCUUCUAAUUUUCAAGCUAUCACUAGAGUUAAGCCAUAUAUCUGCACCAUGCCUCUAAGGAUGGAUGAAGGUUGGAACCAUAUCCAAUUAAAUCUGGCUGACUUAACUCGGAGGGCAUAUGGCACAAAUUAUGUCGAGACAUUACGAGUUCAGGUACAUGCAAACUGCCGCUUGAGGAGGAUUUACUUUGCAGAUCGCUUGUAUUCGGAGGAGGAGCUUCCGCCAGAGUUUAAGUUGUACCUUCCUACACAGAAAGCUUAACAAGGUUUCUGUCGUAUUAAGCAUCAGUGCAUCUUGGGGAUCUUGAAGUUGCAACUCUUUUCUCCGCUCGAAUACACCCAACCAAAAAUGAAAAAUGAACGUCAAGUGUUUUGUUCUAUCUAAAUUCCUAUACAGCUUAGUGAAGUAGUGGACUUAUGUGAGCUAAUUGCAGCUCUCUGUUUUAAAUGAUAAUGCAAACGUGAACAAGACUAAUUAGUAACUCGUUCAUGAGCUUGUUCCUGUUCUUUUGGCUGGACUGUGGGGCUUAGUCUAAAUUGAAUGGUUGUCGGAUCUUUUGACGAUGUUAUGGAGACUUGAGGUCGUUCGAAUCCAUUUUAAGAAUUUGGUUCAAUUGAUGACUUGUAAGUAUAACAUUCUGUGCACUGCACUUAUUAGUGUUUAGUUCUGCAAGCAAUUCAUUGCA